AGUUAUCGACUUAUCGCUUAGUUGCCCAUCUCCAAUUUCCACGCCGAAGCGCUCAUCACGUUUUCCGAACAAAACCAAAACAAACUGAUAUUUAAUUUGCUGGCGGAGAAGGAGACUAGCAGCUAGCAGCCCGCCAAGAUGUCCUCGUGGAAGAAGGCGUCCAAGAGCAACCAGAAGGUGCACCGGGAGCGCCACCAGCCGGAGGCACGCCAGCACCUGGGCUUCCUCGAGAAGAAGAAGGACUACAAGAAGCGCGCCCUCGAUGCCCAGAAAAAGCAGAAGACCCUGAAGCUGCUGUACCGGCGGGCGCAGAACAAGAAUCCCGAUGAGUUCUACCACCACAUGAUCAACUCCAAGCUGUCCAACGACGAGCACCACGAGAAGGACAAGCCGGACGAGCACACGCCCGAGCAGCUGGCCCUCAUGCAGACGCAGGACCUCAAGUACGUGGUCAUGAAGCGCACCAUCGAGCGCAAGAAGAUCGACCGCCUGAAGGCCACGCUUGUGGACGUGGACAGCAGUGCAAGUGGUCCGAGCAACAAGCGGAUCACCUUCGACGAGGAGGGCAACAGGUCGACGGCCACCCUGGGCGAGCGGCUCCAGAAAGUGGAAAAGAAACAGAGAAAACCUGUGAACUUGGAUAAGCAGCAGCGCAUCAACGAGCUAAAGAAACGAGAGCUCCGCGAAAGGGAGCUGGCCAUCGUCCAGCAGAAGAUUCAGCUGAAGAACGCGCUCAAGCAGCCGCGUCUUCUGAAGCCGAGGAAACUGAAGGGCGGAACCAAGGAAAGCGCGCCCGUCUACAAAUUCCGCUACGAGCGCAAGAAAUGAGGUUUAUUUCCUUUUUAUUUUAAUAAACCAUUUAAUGUAAGUUAA